AUGGAUGUUUGCCGCUGUUCUGAUCCCGACAGCGUUCAAUUAAAACCGGCAGUUCACAAAAGAGACUGCGGACUUAAGCCAGAGAGCACUCUUUCAACCGGAGAUAAGCUUCCCAAUCUACUCGUCAUCGUAAAGGAGAAAAGGGGUAAACAAGAAGAGACCGGAUUCAUGACGUGUACACUAUGGCGGAAAUUUGGUUAAAAAUUGGCUUAUGCCGAGAUAAUCUCCGAUCAUGAGGUUGAUGUCAACCUGCUGUCAACAGCAAGAUCGACUGUCGCAGCCCCUUGUCAUACAAACACCCUGUUCGCCUCAUGCACGUCGCUCGUUGGCGGCUAGAAGGAUAGUCGCGGAUAACGUGGCAGGCGUCGCAGUAGGGUAGAGGAAGCCGAAUAUCGCUCGUCGGAGGUGCGUUGGAAGUGGGCAACAAUUAGCGCUAGGUUUUAACACCGCGAACUCCUUACCCUGCUUUACCUUGUACAAAGGCACUGCUCCAAGUAAAUGACAAAUAAACAUGUCUGUUAA